UAGCGAAAUAAAAAUGCUGUCAUUAUUUGGGUUGGCGUCUCCCGACAUCCACGCCUCUGGCAUUUAGUUUGGGUGUGACGUUACAACCGGCGCCAUGGCUCUACAGAAGAGAACUAUUAAAAUAAUCGUUAUUACUGUGGUUACAUUACUGAUUAUUGCAACUUUUCUGGGAAUCCUGCUGGGUCUCCUGUUGCGAUCUGAUAAAGUUGAGUUGGAGGUAUGGCCGCGGGGAGCGGACGGUUCCAAAGCCCCAAAGAUCUCAUAUAAAAUCAGCGACAAUAGCAGCUAUUUGCCGUGGGUACGCCGGAUCAAUGAUACUCUUAGUGAGUACAAUAAGAUACGCACAGGAAGCAACGCCGGUAAACUUGUUAAGUGUGAUUACACCACGAAGCUAAGCGAAGACAAGGUGUGUGAUGUGGACAUUAACAUGUUCUUCCCAUGCACUGCAGCUAAUAAUUACAACUACCAAACCGGCAAGCCCUGUGUCUUCUUGAAACUUAAUAAGGUCGCAAACUGGAUACCAAACCCUUAUAACACCACGGACAGCCUGCCCGACGCCAUGCCUCUUGACUUGAAGCAGGCCAUCAAACGAAAGUCCGGCCAACCCGACAUGAACGAAGUGUGGGUGUCCUGCGAGGGCGUCUCCGAGACUGACAAAAACAACAUUGGAUCCCGGCAGUACAUCCCGAGCCCUGCGCACGGCUUCCCGUCCUACUACUUCCCUUACACCAAGCAGGAGGCAUACCUCAGCCCUCUGGUCGUCGUUAUGUUCGAGAACCCUACUUUGGAGACGGAGAUCAACGUGGUGUGCAAGGCGUGGGCCAAGAACAUCGUCGAUAGCAGCGAGCAGGUCACGGCCCGCUUCCAGCUGAAGGUGGAAAGCUAGAUCCAGAACACCAGCAGGGAGUCGCCAUAUUAUAGAACGUGUCACCUUUCAUAUGUGUGUCGUGGUCAAAAAUCGUGGGUUUGGUUGUGCUGUAUAAAACAGAAUCGUUUUAGUAAAAAAAAAUCCAACCAAGGCGAAAAAUGUAU